AUAACAAAAAACAUCGAGUUUAGUGCAAAAGCGAUUAAUCGAUAUUUCUCUGAUUCUUCCAUCACUGUGUUCAACUGCACGACAGGCAACAAGGCAAGCGAAUUUUGUCGACGCACUGAACAGACAUAUUCUUUUUUGGCAAUCAGACGCGCCAACGAAUGCAGAUUACGCGCGCACAAAAAUCGACCUCAAAGGAUUUACAUAGCAUACAAGAAUAGAUAACAAUUUAAAUAUAUUGCUGUUGCAUAUCGCUAAGUUAUAAGCAAACAAAAUGGAUGACUCACGCGAGGAAAGUCAAUUUAUUGUGGACGAUGUGAGUAAAACAAUUAAAGAGGCAAUCGAAACAACAAUCGGUGGCAAUGCGUACCAGCACGACAAGGUAAACAACUGGACCGGCCAGGUGGUCGAAAACUGUCUGACUGUCCUCACCAAGGAGCAGAAACCAUACAAAUACAUCGUCACCGCCAUGAUUAUGCAGAAGAAUGGUGCUGGACUGCAUACGGCCAGCUCCUGCUAUUGGAACAACGACACCGAUGGCAGCUGCACCGUGCGCUGGGAGAAUAAGACCAUGUACUGCAUUGUCUCCGUAUUCGGUCUUGCUGUAUAAGUAACAACAAUGAGUACAAUAAGAAUAGCGGUGACGACAGCAAGAAGAACCAUACAAAUCACUAAAUUAACAACUUAAAAAAAGGGGGAGGGAUUAACAAAGAUUGCCUUGCAUAUGUUUUGCGUCUCACACACAACACAACACACAAUGAAAUUUAUCCGGGUUUCUGUACCCCUAAUGAUUAAUAUUUAGCGAACUGAGCCACAUAACAAGGAAUCUUAUCAAGUUACAAUGACGCGCAAAGCGUUGUCGAAUUAUAAGGAUACAAACACGGAGCAAAAUUUCCAAAAUGUUUUAGCAAAUGUAUUAUUUUUUCCGAGUUCUGAAUAACAACAAAACUGCACCAAUGUGUUGAAUGUGUUACUCAAUAAUUUCAACUUAAAUCUAAAUAAAUAAAAAUAUAUUAAUAACUGUA